ACAGGGGAUUCGGGGAUUGGCGGACGCGGCACGCAGAUUCCCCCGGAUGGGGCGUGUGCGGCUGCCGGGGCCGCAUCGUGUGCACGCCAAAUUCUCCCGUCCUCCUCCUCGACACCAGCUAGCGAGGCUAGCCAGUUACUAACCUUAUCCCCCCGGCUGGCCUCUCUGCGCCUCGCCCAGCCAGCUAUUACCCCCCUCCUGCCCGCGCGACCGCACUGUCCUCCUGCUCCUGUUGGUUUCUUGUCUUCCUCGCCUCCACUUGCUUGCCGCUCCCUCCGAUCACCAGCUGCGUGCGCCGACCUCUGCUCUACUACACAGAGCGAUGAACAUCUUGAACCAGCCCAUCAACCCCGGCGGCCACCCUGUGUUCCCCGCGGCAAAGGAGACUGGCCAGCUGAUGCCGGCGUCGGUGCGCUUCGACGGCGUGCCGGCACAGCCGAGCACGGCGGCCGCGGGGCGGUCCCACGCGCACUCCCGAAGGUGGCAGGCGCAGACGCUGCGCCGGGCCAGCAGCUACGUCGGCGUCGAGCACGACGGCGCCGCCGUCGCCGUCCCAGCCACGGCCCCGGCUCCACCUUUCAAGCCGCUUACGCUCGACUUCCUGCGGUCCCUCCUGGACAAGAACGGCAGCAUGGGCUCGGUCGCGGACGGCGCCGCGCCGGUGGCGCCGCCGCCGCAGCUGCUCGCACUGCGGGUGGUCGUGACCUCCGCCCUGGAGCUGGAUGCGCGCCAGACCGAGCUCAUCGCGCGCAAGAUGCGCCGGCUCACCGGGUUCGUGAAUCUGAAGGUUGAGAACGUCGUGGACCCGUCCCUGAUCGCCGGCUUCGUGGUCUGCUACGGCACCGACGACUCGCACGUCAUCGACCUCAGCGUGAAGGGACAGCUCGCCGCGCUCAAAAACCGCGUCGACUCCAUCGACCAGAGCGCCCACGCCCACGGACACGCACACCACUGAUCGAAGACCUGAUGCAUCCGAGAAAAGCGCACCGUCGGUACACCGUGCUAUAUAGCACUAUCCUUCGAGAAACAAGUAAAUAUAGAAGAAGCGAGUGACAUGCCAACAACAGUUUUCCCAUCUAAUGUUGUUGUAAAUCGUGAGAAACCAGCUACUACAUUUCAGCUGAGCUAUAUAUGUGUUUGUAUAUGGUCGAUGCGGAAACAGCGGUUUGUGCGGUGUAAUGUGCUGUUCUGAAGUUGCAGUUUGCAUGCAACGUUGAGGGUUGCAGCUCUGUAAUGCAAGAGCAGAGGCUAAUGUCUUGAGAAAGAUAGCUAAAUGCUACUGUAUCCAGGAACCAAGAUAUUGUAUUUGUCACUUGUCAGGGACAACUAAAGCUUUUAUAUAUGUUCAGUGUUCUACA